AUAUACAAACAUACAAUAUAAAACCAAAAGCACAAACAACACACACACACACAUACAUAGUAAGGUGCGAGCUAUGGGCGGCGCGCAGCGGACGGACAGCAUAAGCGACCGCAGCGACUAGAAUUAACGUUUAGUCUAGUUUAAGCCACAGACGCCACAUCACAUAGCAGCACGCUGCAAGCUGCUUGCACGGAAAAAAAUAAUACGAAUGAAAUUAAAAUCUAUAUGUAGGUAAAAUAAUCUAAAAAUAAACUUAUACGUAAGCAACGGGUGCGGAAGAAACGGCAACAACAUAUUCAUCGGGCUGCGCAACAAAUGAAGCGAAAACCCAACAGCACCAGCAGUCGUAGCAGUCUUUGGGCCACGUCUACGCUGCAACGUUGUAAUUGAAAGUGAACCGUGCUACCUCAACAAGCAGAACAGCAACAGGAACACCUACACACGCACACACGUGCGCAUACCCAUUGACUCUCACACACAAACACAGAAGCAACAUGCUGCCUCGGUUUCGUUCCUUCUAUGGCAAAAUAAUUAUAUUUGUGCUUGUCGCGCUAUGCUUUAUACUCUAUCUGAAAGUUCAACCAGCCAGCGAGGAUUUCCCGUUGCCCGUGAGAGCAAGACAGAGGCCAGCUCAGCUGGCGCGCGUGCGGCCGAGAGCGCAUGAGAUGUAUCCAGAGAAUGAGCAGGAGAAUGAAAUAAGACCCGUUACAGUGUCGCCGUACGAGCAAAGCAUACAGUUGGAUCUGCAGAAGCAGGAUAGAACGUUGGGCAACAAAGGUGUGGCCGUGCACCUGACCGGCGCUGCGAAGGCGCGUGGCGAGAGGAUCUACAAGAAGAUCGCACUGAACGAGGAGCUGAGCGAGCAGCUCUCCUACAAUCGCACCGUGGGCGAUCAUCGCAAUCCGCUGUGCCUAAAUCAGAAAUAUGAUGACCCCAGCACUCUGCCCACUGCCAGUGUCGUCAUUAUAUUCUACAAUGAGCCAUACUCCGUGCUGGUGCGGACGGUGCACAGCACGCUGAACACGUGCAACGAGAAGUCGCUGAAGGAGAUCAUCCUGGUGGACGAUGGCAGCGACAAUGCGGAGCUGGGCGGCAAACUGGAUUACUAUGUGCGCACACGAUUUCCCCCCGGCAAGGUGACAAUUCUGCGCCUCAAGAAUCGCUUGGGUCUGAUACGCGCUCGAUUGGCCGGAGCUCGGAUUGCCACCGGCGAUGUGCUCAUUUUUCUGGACGCUCACUGCGAGGCGAACGAGGGCUGGUGUGAGCCACUGCUGCAGCGCAUCAAGGAGUCGCGCACCAGUGUCCUGGUGCCCAUUAUCGAUGUGAUUGAUGCCAAAGACUUUCAGUAUAGCACCAAUGGCUACAAAUCCUUCCAAGUGGGUGGCUUCCAGUGGAGCGGUCAUUUCGAUUGGGUGAAUCUGCCGGAGCGUGAGAAGGAGCGACAGCUGAGGGAGUGCAGUCAGCCCAGAGAGAUUUGCCCCGCCUACAGUCCGACCAUGGCGGGCGGUCUAUUUGCCAUGGACAGACGGUACUUCUGGGAGGUGGGCAGCUACGAUGAGCAGAUGGAUGGCUGGGGUGGCGAGAAUCUGGAGAUGUCGUUUAGAAUCUGGCAGUGUGGCGGCACAAUCGAGACAAUACCCUGCUCCCGCGUGGGUCACAUCUUCCGCGACUUCCAUCCCUACAAAUUUCCCAAUGAUCGUGAUACGCACGGCAUUAACACCGCUCGCAUGGCCUUGGUCUGGAUGGAUGAAUAUAUAAACGUGUUCUUUUUGAACCGGCCCGAUCUGAAAUUCCAUCCAGACAUCGGCGAUGUGACGCAUCGCGUUGUGCUGCGCAAGAAGCUGCGCUGCAAGAGCUUCGAGUGGUACCUGAAGAACGUGUAUCCGGAGAAAUUUGUGCCCAACAAGAAUGUCAAGGCCUGGGGCAAAGUGAAAGCAGUCAAUUCAAAUUUGUGCUUAGACGAUUUGCUCAACAACAACGAGAAGCCCUACAAUCUGGGUCUAUAUUCCUGCGGCAAGGCGCUGCAAAAGUCGCAGCUCUUCUCCUACACCAACAGUCUGGUGCUGCGCAACGAGCUGAGCUGCGCGACAGUGCAGCACAGCAGCUCCCCACCGCAUCGUGUUGUGAUGGUGCCCUGCCUCGAGAACGACGAUUACAACGAGCAAUGGAAGUACGAGAAUCAGAGGCUGAUGCACGUCAACACAGGGCUGUGCCUCGACCACAGUGGACUGAACAGCAUGGACGAUGCACUGGUCGCGAAAUGUGAUCUGUCCAGUGACACACAGCGAUGGAUCAUUCUACACGACUGAGCUAGCCACAAGCGCGCUUCUCGCAACCAGCGGACCAAGCCAAUUCCAACAGAGAGAAACUGACUAAGCGUAGCGCCGUGCGACGCUUUUUACCUACAGACUCAACUAGAAACGCAACAUGUGUAAAUACAAACUAUUAAAGAAAAGAAAACGCAAGGAUAGAAUCAUAUAAAAUAUUUUCUAUAUAAUAUAUACACUAUAUAGAGAGCGUAAGUUGUAGUUAGUGAAUAUCAAAGGAAAGACGGAUCGACAUAAAUCAAAAAUAAGUCAAAAUAUAUUAACAGAUUCAUUAAGUGUUGUGCGUUUGUUGUGUAAACUAAAACUAAAUGAAAAAGCUAGUAAAAGUUGUAUAGAUAUACAUUAUGUAAAUCUCUCUAUAUAUAAUAUAUCUGUUUAUGUGCAUAUUAUUCCUAUGUAAAGCUUGAAUAAUUAUAAUUGCUAUGUGAUCAUCAAAUGAUAAAUCCAUCAACAACAAAAUAAUAUUUAUAAUAACACUCGCAUUCCGAAACAAGUCUCGAAUAAUCAAAAUAUAUCUUUAACAAAUAAGAAA